AUGGUCUUAGGGUGCAUGUUAGCUCAACUUGAUGAUUUAGGGAAGAAGCGAGCCAUUUACUACCUGAGUAAGAGAAUGCUUGAGUAUGAGUGCAUAUACAUUAUGAUUGAGUGUCUCUGCUUGGCACUGGUUUGGGCCACCAAGAGACUAAGGUACUACGUGAUAGAGUACCCCAUACGCUUGGUCUCGCGAUUGGAUCCGUUGAGAUAUCUGUUCAACAGGCCUGUUCUGAUUGGUAGGCUCAUGAGAUGGUUGUUUGUUUCAGUUGCUAGUAUUGCAGGAUGGCACUUGUACUUUGAUGGAACCACCAAUCAGUCGGGAUUUGGCAUUGGCAUCUUGUUGAUAUCACCCCAGGGUGAUCAUAUCCCCAGGUCUGUUCGAUUAGCAUUUUAUGAUCAUCAUCGAUUGACAAAUAAAGUUGUGGAGUAUAAGGCAUGCAUCACAGGUCUAGAGACUGCACUUGAUCUUGGGGUCAAACAGUUGGAGACCCACAGGGAUUCCAACUUAGUUAUACAAUAG